AACAUUCCCCAUCCCUUUCGCUUACAGAGGACAUUGGCGAUGAGCGCGAAGUCACGUAGACCAAGACUGAAACGCAUUGAAGUGCAUGGAAGGCAUUUAGUUCGUCGCAAAAUCAGCCUUUUUCCGCUUUGUAAAUCGAAGAGGAAAUUAUACUUGAUCUGAAGUAUGGCCUUUCAAAUCUUCGGACUGCCCUUGAUAGGCAACAUGUUUGUUCCUGUUUUGUCUGCGUUAGUUUUGCUCCUCGUCAUAAGCCACUUUUUCUCCGAGAACAAAAAAGGUUCUUCCUCACCAGAGUCUUCAGCCAAGUCCAGCACCACAUCAGCAGUUUUAGAAUCGAAGGCAGCAAAGUCUGCUGAAGUGGAGGAUAGCAAUUUAGAGACUCUAUCGACAACCAGUGACUUGUCGCAGUCGACCGGUGACAGCAGCAGUGAAGAUAAUAAGGAAGUCGAGACCAAGAAAAAACGGAAGAAGAAAUCCUGCUGCGGUACCAAGGGAGCUUGUUGCAAGACCAAGAAGAAGAAUCUUGAUGGAGAGGCUCAUGACGGUGGAGAGAAAGAAAAAAAAUGUGGUUGUUCUUGUGGAUCAAAGGAAAAGGGUGAUGCUGAUGCUUCAAGCUCUGAGGUCAGCAGUGACUCUGAUUAUCAUUCAGAGAUUUUGGACGUUGAGGACUUAGCUGGUCUUUUAAACGGAUGCAGCACGGAAUCAGAAUCUACCACAAAAACAAAGAAAGUUCCAGUUGGCAAAGUGAGACUGAGACGACUCAACAAUAGCCGCCCCGCAGCUAAUUAGAAGAUUAGGACUUAACGUAUUUAUUUGAAAAAUAGUGACCUCUCCAGCGUAAUACUUGUAAUUUUUUAGUUAGUGAAUUAACUGCCAAGCGCAUAUGCAAUUAUAUAUCGAUAGAUUUAAAUUAAGACUGCUUUAUUGUUAGCCUUGGAAAAAUGACAAUGUCUGAAUUGUUUUAAAAAUAUUCCUUUUGGCAAAAUGUAUCGACUGAUCAGUUUUUCAGAUAAUUUUGCCACUUUGUGUUUUUUUUUUAAAUGUAAAAAACACGCAAUGUAUACUACACGUAUAUUUAUUAAGUUAGAUCUAAUUAUGUUUAAUAUCACGUUUUAGUUUUUGUGAGCACUUUUGGAAAAGAAAUUGUGCCAAAAUAUUGUUGUUUUUUUGUACUUUGUGUGCAUAUUUUUGCUAGAUUUAGUUCUUUCCAAAUAAAAUCAUUGCCAACAAGUGGUCAUGUUUUGCAAUGCAUAAUAUAAAAUUA